UAAUUUUUUUUCCCUGUGUGACCUAAUUUCCUGGUUUUCGUCAGUUGACCUAAAUAGGAGGGGAAGUUUAUCAGAAUCGAGUGUUUGCUUGGAAAAAGCGACGUCAGUUAUUUAUUUCAAUAAUAAAUCGACACAAAUCUCAACGUCGACGGGAACCUCCUCGUCGAUAUCUUCAAUAAUUCGACAAUCGCAAUCGGAAAAAUCUUUAGUCAAAUCGGAAAAUCAACGAUUCCCACACAACGCAAGUGGAAGUCCAUCGAAAUUUUCUCAAAAGCAGAGGUUAACAGCGUCGGAGACGGCAAAGCUUUUCGAGAGUUUAAUAUCGAGGAGCAGCACGAGGCAGAAGUCGAGUAAAAAUUGUUGUGCCACACCGAGGAUCGAGAGAUCGAUAAUUGGCGAGGGGAAAAUUGUCGAGCCAAGUGCAUUUAAUUGUCGGGAAAUUGAGGGCACUUGCAGAGAAAGAAGAAGAGGAAAAAGAAGAAGUAGUAGAAGUAGAAGUAGAAGAAUAUCAAAGUCGAAAGCACACAAUCCAAGGACGUUACGUUGUCGUGUCGCGAGAGAGCCCGUCUUCAAUUCCGUUGAGGGGAAAUACACGACGACGAGGGGAGGUGAUUGUGUAGGUGGUGGUGGUGGUGAAUUUAAUCAAUCGAGGAAGCCGAGGCAAAAAUGCUUCGUUUCUGAAAAAUCACAUUCAACACCGGCAACACUAAUGGCCCAAUAUUCCAAUAUUUCAUCCGACGAAACAGUAAAACGGAAAAAUCUCACUGACGAAUUGGGUCUUGAAUUUUUAAUGCAGCACAUGCAUAAGGGAAAUAAUCGCGAUUCUCCUGAUCCUAACGACGAGAGCAAGAACGGUUUUCCCUUUCAGACAACGCCCAGUGGCAACUUGAAAAUUGUACCCGAUCAGGUCGUUUACGAAUCGAAGAAAGUGAGUGUUUUAGUCGCUGAUCCAGAAACGACACGAGUUAAUGUUAAUGACGAAUUAGAAAAAUCUGAUCUUGAAAUUAAUGCUCAGGAUUCAGUUGAAUUUCCCACUGGAAUUACAUAUUCAUCUGUUAAUCAACUUCAGGUCCAGGAGAGACUCCCUCGUAUUACGCCAAUAUAUAGGCCAAGGACGCAACCGUAUCGACCGAAAGCAACGGCUCAUCCGGGAGAGAUGGAACAGAAUCUGACUGAGCAAAAAGGAUCCACUCCCCAACUACCGCCGCCUCAGGAAAUCCCUCUAUCAUCACUCGGUUUUACAAUUGAUCAGCCAAUUGAAUGGGAAGUUAUAAAUUUACCCGAAAAAACGGAUUUAUAUCAUGAGCUAGCGAAUCGAAUUACAAAUUACAAAAAUGCGGAUUGUAUAGUGAAAAUCGAAGAAGACGAAUUCCACUGUCACUUAUUGGUCCUUCAAAGUUACAGUUGCUUCUUCGACUCGAAAAAUUGUAAAGAAAUUGAUUUAACCGGCAGCAGUGUUACGUCGAAAGCAUUUUCGUUAAUUUACGAUUGGAUGAUAACAUCGACCAAUGAAAGUUGUCAACUCUUGAGGCGGGACAAUAUUUUAGAGAUUUUUGUCGCUUCACAAUAUUUGGGAAUUAAAGAAUUAGAAGAACAGUGUUGGGCGUUUAUCGAUAAUAAUGACCUAUUUUCGGAGGACACGGCAUUUCUUUUGUAUUUGGAGGCAAGAAAAAUUGGAAAUACGGCAGUUAUGGAACUAAUGGUACCGAGGAUAAUGAAAUUUUUCCUAAUGCUCGUGAGCACAAAAGAUUUUUUGGAGCUUGCCGUCGAAGAGCUUUGUCUACUUUUGAAGUCGAAUUAUAUUUGCGUUAAUAGUGAAAUGGAAGUUUUAAUGUCCGCCGUGAGAUGGUUAAUGCACGAUUGGGAGAAUAGAAAAAAAAAUAUGCUCGACGUAGUAAAAUGCGUGCGUUUUGGUUUAAUUGCCCCUUGGCAAUUGGUUGACGUGAAAAGAAAUCCCGAAAAUCCCGAAUUUAUGGAACUAAUGUCAUGUCCGGAGGUGCAAAAAAUGGUUGACGAUGGCCUCGCAUUUGUCAUUAUUAAAUAUUGGUAUGGAAAUCAAACCGAAGAUUAUUAUCAUUGGAUUGAUUUAUUGGGACUCACGGAACCAACAAAUCGAAAUUGGGCCGGUGAGGACAAGAAUUACGUGACGUAUCGAGAAUUUUUGUCGUAUUUGGAGGAUUACAGAAAAAGGCAAAUUACGGAAAUAAAGGCAAAAAGUUCACGACAAAAAUUAACGUGUCCAAAUUCACCGGCGAACGAAUGUCCAUCGCCACCAACGACAAAAGCAAGAUCAAUUUUUCCAACAUUUUGCAACGUCGAUCAAAAUUCUCACAAUUUAGCGACAAAUUCAAAAUACAAUUCAAAAACAAUGUGUCCGUCCGGAUUUCAAGGAACGAGUCGAACUUCCGGCAUGAUCUCGCCAUCGGAAAUGUUAAGUUUUUUCAAUGGCAUUGAGAAAAAUUCGAAAAUCUCGAAUCAAACGACAAAAACGACACAAUAAUUUUUUUUUCUCUCAUUUUUAGAAAAGAAAAUCGCUAUUUUCUUUUUUUCAUUUUGUAUUUUAUUUUUUUUUUUGAA